UAAAAAUACAUUAGAAAAUUUCUUCUUCCCUUAAAAAUCCAUAUUAAGAAACACCUGCAAAAAAACCCAGAAAAUGGGGAAUUGUUUUACACACGAAAACUCAUAUUGGGCUGAUGAAGAUUGGGGUUCUUUGGUGUCAACCCAUAGCUGGCAUAGAUAUGAUGACGAGAUUAACAAUACGGAGGAGAAGGUGAAGUUGCUUGGUCAUGGUGAAAAGAUAGCUGGAAACACCAGUGAGGUGAAGCUAACCAUUUCAAAGAAGGAGCUGGAGCAAUUGGUACAUAUGAUGGAGGUGCAAGGUUCAACCCUAGAACAAGCCUUGGCCAGGAUGUUGGUCGAUGGUGGCGGAGAUGUCUAUGAGGUGGAGCAGCGUCGGCCUUGGAAGCCGGUGCUGCAAAGUAUUCCGGAGGUGAACUAGUUCUAUGAGUCUCACAGAUGGUGCUGGAUAUUGAUAAAAUUACUGUGGAGACUACUCUAAUAAGAUUCGGAUUACAAAUUCAUGGUAGCUGUUAAUAUGUGUAUUGUGGUAAAGAAUUAGGUGAUUAUAUAUUUGUUGAUGAUGUAUAUAUAUGAUCAAUAUAUUCUGAUAUAUGAAAAUGAAACAUUUUCUGCUUGA